CGCCCAGAGAAAAAAAAGUUACAAUUAACAAAGUGUAGCGUCCGAUUUUUAUUUAGUAUCACAAUUCUGAAAAACCCUCUCUAUCGGUCGCUCAAUCACUCGAUCGCUUGAUUCUCUCUCAUUUCACGUAAGCUUCGGAUCCUUGGCCGAUCCAUGUAUGGUUUGAUCCUGACAUUUCUGGAUUCUGAUCUGAUCUAAAGCUGUGAGAAAUUUGUGUGCCAUCGGCAUUGGGUUUUUCUACAUGAGUAGAAUUAAUUUCUCGUGAUCGUUACUUCUCUUUUUAUGGCUUGAGAAGUUUUGCAUUGCUUCCCAUUGAUUAGUUUUUGUUUCCUUAUGCAGCAAGUUUUUGAUUUGAAUGAAGAAAUGACAUGAGUUUAUUAAUGUAUCAGAUCAUUUCGCUGGAGGGAUAGAGAAAGAGAGAUCCAAUGGCUGGAGCAUCACAAAUUGUUGAAGCUGAUAUUGCAGAGGCAAUAAUCGCGACGAUCGAAACCAAAUCGCAAAAGAUUGAGAGCUUACUCAAACAUUACAAACAUAUCGAAGCUCUGAAAACAGCUCUCGAUGAUUCGCCUCCCAAAACUCUCGAUGAACGUUGCAAGUCAGCUAACUGGAUAGUUGUGCACAAAGUUAUCAUGGCGAUAAGGGAUAUCGACGGAAUGUUGAAUGCUCUUGGUGCCGAGUAUUACGACAUUCUCAUGAAGUACUUGUAUAGAGGCCUUUCGACUGGGGACGAACCUACAUGCGAUCAAUGUUUGAUGAUUCACGAAAAACUAACAGAGAGAGCUGGUCUCGGUUGCAUUCUCCGUUGUCUUAGUGAUACUACCAAUACCGUUUAAACCACUAAGCUGAU